UUCGGUUCAUCAAUAUCACAUCAAUCGAGUACAAGGCGGAGUUUUAAUCCUUUACAGGUGCAAAGUUGACCAGUUCCAUUCGUGACCAUCUUUAUUCACCACCUAGCCCAUCCACACCAUGACGCUGAUCGAAUGGCCCAAGACAUUACACGAAUGGCGCGAAAGAUGCUGGAAGCCGGAGGGCAGUUGGCCAUAUGACCUCUGGAAGCGUGAGCCACUUCAAAUAUUCUUCCAAGAACACGGUUACACCUUGUGGGUAACUAUGUAUGAACGUGGCUUGGGGGACUGGGACCACCACCGAGUAUCGCUUACUCCAGCAAGCGACGAACCUCGCCGACCCGACGGAUAUACUUUCUUGACUCGCUAUGACUGUGAGCCCGGCAUCGCCAUUCGUGAACCGGACUUUGGCCAACUCAAAAACAUCCAUUGUGCUGCGCGCACCAUACACAAUCAGGACGUUGUCAUUCGUCUAAUCAGUAUCGAUGGCGACGCCACAGGAGACGAGCACUAUAAAGCCAUCCGGCGGCUCUGCAAAGGACAGACCGCUUUUCGAGGAGAUAACUACACCCUUCCUCUCUUGAACGAACUUGAAUUCAACGGACUCAGAUUCGUCGUUUUCCCUCUGCUUUCUGACGGCUGGUACAUUCCGUGGUUUUACAACGUGGACGAGAUCCUGGACUAUCUCGUACAGGUAUUCAAGGGCGUCAAGUUCUGUCAUGACAACUUGAUUGCACAUCUCGAUCUUGAUAGUGAUAAUAUUCUUUUCAACUUCCUAGGGCGUCGAAAGCGGCCUGCCGGGACUACAGAAACUGAUGUCACUGGGCCAUUUCGAUCUCACUUCCCUAUUCGAUACUAUAUCAACGAUUUCGAGACCGCAGUUUGUUUCGAUGAAGGUUCGGAUCCUUCGAGCAGGAGAAUUACCGGCCUACCGAAUGUCCGAGUAGGUAGGAUCGGGGAAUAUGGUAGACAAUACGCGCCGGAAAUGCUCGUUGGCGAUCCGUAUUGUCCCUUUAAGGCAGACGUGUGGUAUUUAGGUCGGAUGCUUAACACUGACAUGGAUAGGGAAGUCAAAGGAUUCUUGGAGAAGCAUCUCAAGGCCUUUGACGAAGAUUUUUCGUUCGAUGGCGUGUUCGGAAAGUACUUUGCCCAGGUUGGCGUAACAUCUAUUCUGUAUUCAACCUAGCACCCUGAUCUUCGUUCUAGGAUGGCAUCCAGAGCCAACAAAUUAUGCAAGCGUUCGAUGAGGUGCGUAGUACCACUACUGUAC